UGCUUCUAUUUUAAAAAAAAUAGCUAGUUGCACCAUUCAUAGCAAAGAAAUUUAUCUCAAUUUGAAGGGUUGAAAACAGCCUGAUCAAUGAGAAGGCCACCGUGUUGCGAAGAAAUCGGCAUCAAGAAAGGCCCAUGGACGCCGGAGGAGGACAAGAUUCUCAUCGAACACAUACAGAAACACGGCCAAGGGAGUUGGAUACAGCUUCCUAAGCUCGCCGGACUUAACAGGAGUGGCAAGAGCUGCAGACUCCGGUGGAUAAAUUAUUUACGUCCGGAUAUUAAGCGAGGGCGAUUCGAUGAUGAAGAACAAAGACUCAUAAUUCAUCUCCAUUCCAUUCUUGGAAAUAAGUGGUCAACAAUGGCUGCUCAUUUACCCGGAAGAACUGAUAAUGAGAUCAAGAAUUACUGGAACACUCACCUGAAGAAGAAGCUCCUGCAAAUGGGUAUUGAUCCAGUUACACAUCAGCCGAGAACUGAUCUCAAUCUGUUUUCUUCUCUGCGUAAUUUAGUCUUAGCUUCGACAAACUCCAAUGACAGCUUAACAUGCUCUACUGAUAUAAAUGCUCUCAGAUUACAAGCAGAUGCUGCAAAUCUUGCAAAACUUCAGCUGCUUCAAAUUCUGAUGCAGUUUUUAGCUUGUCGCUAUCCAACUAUGGAAUCAUCAUCAGCUUUGAUUGGAACUCAUCAAGUCAAUGACCAAUUUGAUCAGGGGCUUGUUCAUGGAUCAAUGGGAGUUUCUCAGGAUGCAUUGUCAGUGCCUGCAGUGAUUUCAAAUCCUGAUAGUCCAGGCUCUAAUAAUGGUCUCUUUGGUAAUUACUCUGCCAAUCCUGCACCUUCAGUGGUUCCAGUCUCACCUGAAAAUCAGAAGGAUAUACAAGAUCAUAUGAACUGGACUGAAGACUGUAACAGUUCAAGAGAUUGGGAUGAACUGAACUUAGAGAACCUGGACAACGAACUUGGAUGGAAAGACAUUCUUGAGCUUAUUUCUUGAAUCAGAUGUAUUUUAGAUCAGGAAGUGAAGACAUAUAUAUAGAAGAGGAAGCACAAAUACUGAAUUCAUUGAUUUGAUGAUGUAAAAAUUAAGUAUCAUAUUUGGUUGUAAAGUUUUCAUACUA